GUACAAGUCAAGUCAACUUCAGUCUACAACAUCAACUACUUUCUCUCAGUCCAAACAUCUCUUUCGCUUUUUCUCAUUGCUGUCUACCAAGCCAUUCACCCUCUCAUAUCAUCAGCGAUUUCAAGACCCAAAGAACUUUAUCACACUCUGCAUCGAGAUCCAUCAUAACACCAACAAGAUGAAGCUGCUCACAAUCAUUCACUGCCUCACGCUCUUUGUUCUGCAGGUCCUCGCUCAGUACUCGAACAAUGCACCCAUCACCGAGAACAAUCCCAUCAAAGCCACCUUCCAGGCCAUCCUCCAAGUCGACAAGCCGAUACAAGGUCAGAUCACCGGCGUGUCCAGCGACAACGGCACCGGUGUAAACUUCAACGUCAACUUUUUCGAUUUCCCAGAUGCUUCGAUUGGUCCAUUCUCAUACCACAUCCACGUCGACCCUGUCCCCAAAGACGGCAACUGCACGGGCACGGGAGGCCACCUCGACCCUUACGACCGCGGCGAGACGCCAGCGUGCGACGCUUAUGAGCCGUCGACAUGCCAAUGCGGUGACUUGAGCGGCAAACACGGUCCCAUCAACGACACUGCAACCGAAAAAAACUUCCAAGUCACCUAUCUCGACCUCUACCUCUCCACGCACCCCGAAUCCCCGGCCUAUUUCGGCAACCGAAGUGUCGUCAUCCACGCCGCAAACGGGACAAGAUUGAAUUGUGGCAACUUCACACAGCAAGUGGCUACAAACGUAACUACGGGAAAUAAUAAUAGUACAGGUACUGGUUCCGGUAGAAGUGGUGGGAAUGUGACGACCUCGAGCACUCCUCCGCUCGUCACACAACACGGUGGUGAUGCGGAUGUUGUCACUCCGGGUAUGGUGUUUGGGUUUGCCGUGGCUGUGGUUGUCGCUGGGGUAAUGUCUCUGCUUUGAGCACAGCAUCCUCGCCGUCGAAAAAGUAUCACGGCCUUGGUGACCCUGAUCUGCGGAUAACAACAAGGGCAACCUGUGUCCGACGGCGAUGGAAACAAACCAACUCCAUCAUAUGAUGCCAGAAAUACAUUUCCAUCUCGACUGUUUGAUCCAGACAAAAAAAGAGCAACAAAAACAACCAGUGAUUUACUACGAGCUUUGAUGAGACAUUCGAAAAAGAUCCCAGCAGGAAGAAGAACAGGCCAAUAAGUUGUGUACCAAGUACCCAGGUA